AUGCAGACUUGUGAAGAAGCUAAGGAGGCAUUCUUCCGUGGUAUUCCUGGGAGAACGAGAUCCAACAGAGAUGCGUACAUAGGGGUGAAUCCUUCGAGGUCUGCUAGCACAACAAAGAGGAAGAGACAAGAGAUGCCAACUCCAGGCCAAACAAAAACACCAGGCUUUUCUUGGCAAAAACCAUUUGCAUCUGUGGUAAUAUCCCGUGAGGAUGUCAGCCAUCGAAGAGUUCGUUUUGAAGAAGAUAUUGAUGUUAUCGAUAAAGCUGAAUUCAUUAGUCGGAAAUCAUUUUCAUCGACAAAGAUAAGGUCAUCCGGCAAGGGAAGUUUGAAGGGAGGUUCUUCGUCACACAAACCGAUCUCCAUUAUCCUACUAGCGAGUGACAGCGAUGAAGAUGUGAUGGCUGAAGAUAUUGAGAUCCCGACAUUUUAUGAAACCAAACUCGGCUCUGCUGCUCGUUUAAGCAAGGAUGUUGGCGAGGCCAGUGCAAGAAAAGACGCUGUUUCUGCUCAUCAUUCUAUGACCUUCACUCCUAGAGACUAUUUCACUGAUUAUGACACAUUAGCAGAUGACUCGACUACAUUGGCGGAUAAAGCCAACAACAAUGUAGGUAGGAGUUUCAAGGAGAUUACAAGUAAGAGAAAUAUCGAAGGUCUGCUUAAGAAAAGCAAAUCUCCAUAUUUACAAGCUGAUGGGACUGGAUCAUCUGCACAAAAGGUGAACAGAGAUGAAGAUAGGAAUUAUGAAGAACUUGGAAUUGAGAGAAUAAGUGAAUCAGAUUUUAAGAAGAGGAAAAUACUUUCAAAGAAUGGAUCCUCAACCAGUAAGCAACAAGAUGAAGGUAUUGCUACCACUUCUACAAAGAAUGUCAGAAGAGAGAGUGAAAAGAUACUAUCUUUUCUCAACAAUGAUGGAAACUAGAGAAAAGAUUUUGACUCAUCAUUGAAGCGAAGAGGUGAUGCAUGCAAUCAUAAUGUUGUUGAUGUUGAUGAUGUGCAUGAAAGCUCGUAUGAAUUUCAUUACACGCUACACUAUGUAAGAUAUGCAGUAUGCUUGCAAAUGUUGUAUUUGAAAUUUAUAGAGACAUCCUUGAAUGUUUUAUGUUCCACUUUCAAUGUGAGAUUUUAAUUAUGUC